AUGGAAUCUACCGCUGGAACUCCGUUGUCCUCUCAAAUAGAAUCCAUCGCAAAGGAGACUGAGACAAUUGAUGACAUAGACGAAGAAUUGGAGACACUUUUACGCAGUGCAUUUUCUAACUGUCCGCAGUGUAAAGAAUUAUAUAGUGACUACAAUUGGUGUCAAUCUUGUGAGGUUCAGAAAUUUCAAGAGCAUUUUGGCAAAUGGACUGGCGGGAACGAUGCUAUUGAUAAUCUGAUAAAGGAGACGCAAUUGAAUGCUCUUACUUAUCGAUCUUAUCUAGAGUGGAUUCCAUAUUCAGAGUUUAAUAAUAUUGAACUCAUUGGCAAGGGAGGGUUCGGGACUGUUUAUUCUGCUAUUUGGGCAGAUGGGCCAAAGUGGAAUUUUGACAACACAACUGGGACUUGGGUAAAGCUACAUCAAUGUUCAUUUGUGAGUGACUUUGUUUUGCGUUGCUAUGGAAUAUCUCAACAUCCAGCAACCGGAGACUACAUCAUGGUGAUGGAAUAUGCUGAUAAUGGCGACUUGUAUCGUUACAUGAGAAACCACUUUGACGACAUUAGUUGGUAUGACAAGUUAGCAAUACUCAGAGACAUCGCAAUGGGCUUAACAGUGAUCCAUUCUGCAGAUUUACUUCAUCGAAACCUCCAUACGGGUAACAUACUUCUCAGCCUGGAUUUAAUGCAAACCUACUUGACUGACUUGGGUUUGUGUCGCCCAUCACACAGGCAUGUUGACUAUGAUGAAGUAUACGGUUCCCUUCCUUACGUGGCCCCAGAAGUAUUGCAGGGUGAAGAAUAUAGUAAAGCAGCCGAUAUAUUCAGUUUUGGCAUAAUUAUGUGGGAGAUAGCAACUGGCAAAAAAGCAUAUGGUGAUAGAGCGCACGAUACACGGCUUGCAGUUGAAAUCUGCAGGGGUAAACGACUGGAUCCACCAGAAAACGUUCCCGAGUGUUAUAUAAGAUUGAUGAACUGGUGUUGGGAUGAAGACCAAGACCAGAGGCCUGAUGCUGACGUCUUACACGCUGUUAUCGGAAGGGAUUGGUUGUCUAAGCUCAAGCCUGAAGUAAAACAACCUCCUCCCAGAAGGAAAGUCACGUUUGAGAAAGCGAAACGAAGCAACAGUACGCCAACAAGGACUACUACCCAGAAAAAAGCCGUUGCUCCGCCUGUGCUGUCCGCUGCAGCUCAGGAAGCCAACCAGUUCAAAGCUGCUGAGAAGAAACGGCGUGAGGCAUUGGACGCUAAGAAGGCUUCUACGAAUGGUCUUCCCGAGAAUGUGAAAAAAGAUGAGGAACUACAUCCUGAGGCAGUAUAUACGAGCAGGAAUAUCAUCGACAACAAAGAAAGAAAGACUACGCAAAUUGAUAAGAAACUAGAUAUUAAUAUGGGCUUUGAAGCUGGAGAAUCGGAAAAAAAAGUUGAAGGUGCUCACACUUUUGCAAUAACGAAGAAGCUGACGAUAGCACUGAAGCUAUACGUAAAAAGCAUGAACGUGUCAAGGGUGCUGAUCAAUGUAUUAAUGUAA